AUGGCUCUCAGCCCAAAGGUAUACCAGUUUCUGGUAUGCGUCUUCGCAUCCAUCGGGUCUCUGCUCUACGGCUAUGAUCUCGGUGUUAUUGCUUCGGCCAUUGCGUCUCCCGAUUUCAUCUCGAAGUUUGGAGACGACUCCAAAGAGAUCGGAGCUGUCGUAUCAGCCUUUACAGGAGGAGCCUUCGUCGGCGCCGCGCUCGCUGGUCCUACCAGUGACAGACUCGGCCGCAAAUGGACAAUCAUGAUCGGUGCCCUCAUCUUCUGCCUCGGCGGUGGCCUGCAGACCGGUGCCCGAACCAUCAACUACCUCUACUCUGGCCGCGCCUUCGCCGGUGUCGGUGUCGGCUUCACCACCAUGAUCGUCCCCGUCUACCAGGCUGAGCUGUGCCACCCCAGCAUCCGUGGUCUUGUCACUGGUCUGCAGCAGUUCAUGCUGGGCAUUGGUGCUUUGUGCGCUGCCUGGAUCUCAUGGGGUACUUACAUUAGCUUCCACGAUGCUCGACAGUGGCAGGUUUCUCUGGGUAUCCAGAUCAUCCCGGGCGCCAUUCUCGGUCUCCUCAUCCUCCUCUUCCCCGAGUCCCCCCGCUGGCUGAUCGCCCACGGAAAGGAGGCAGAGGGACUCAAGAUCCUCGCCAGCCUCCACGCCGCCGGCGACGAGAACGACGCCUUCGUCCGCGCCGAGUUCGCCCAGGUCCAGGAGAGCAUCUCCAUCGACAGGGAGCAGGCGGCCGGGAGCUACAUGGAGCUCUUCAAGGACAAGAGCUGCCUGCGCCGCCUCUUCCUCGCCUGCGCCAUGCAGGCCAGCACCCAGAUGACGGGCGUGAGCGCCAUCCAGUACUAUUCGGUCAAGAUCUACGCCAAGAUCGGCAUCUCCGCCGACGACUCCCUCAAGUACCAGGCCAUCUCCAGCGUGCUGGCCCUCGUCGCCCAGUUCCUCUGCAUGAUGUUCGUCGACAAGUUCGGCCGCCGCUGGCCCCUCAUCAUCGGAAACGUCGGCAACGGCAUCACCUUCAUCAUCGCCACCGUCCUCCUCGCCAAGUACCCGCCCGGCUCCCAGGAGGUCGGCGCCGGAGCCGCCGCUUGGGGUUUCAUCGUCGUCACCUGGCUGUACAACUUCUGCUUCAGCGCCACCAGUGGCCCGCUCUCCUGGAUCAUCCCCGCCGAGAUCUUCGACACCAAGACCCGAAGCAAGGGCGUGUCCAUCGGCUGCAUGACCUCGUUUGCAUUCAACACCAUGAUCGGCCAGACCACGUCCGUCGCUCUCGACGACAAGGGCGGAAUCGGCUGGCGCUGGUACAUCCUCUUCAUUGUUUGUAACUUCACCAACGCCAUCUUCUUUUGGGCCUUCCUUCCCGAGACCGCCAGGCGACCUCUUGAGGAGAUGCGAUAUCUCUUCACCGAGGCUCCCUGGUUCGUCCCCACCAUGGACAUGUCCAAGUUCAGGACCGGCGAGUCUCUCGAGAGGAAGGUCGAGGAGGUUGUUAAUAAGGAAGUGGCAUAA